CGCAUGCGCCGUUAGCACUCGCUGCUGCGCGGCCAGCGGCGGGAUUGGCUUGGGGAGUCUCCGGGACCAAGUGGUGGCAGCGACUCGGACAUCUGAGCUGCCACUGCCGAAAACGGGCCCGCUGAACAGAUAAUCAAUAUGCAUUUUCAAGGCUUUAGGCUAUGUUUGGGUCUUCUGCUCAUCUCAGUUAAUGCAGAAUUUAUGGAUGAUGGUGCUGAGAUGGAAGAUUUUGAUGAAAAUUCAGAAGAGAUUGAUAUUGAUGAAAAUGAACUUUCUUCAAAGAUUAAAUAUAAGACACCUCAACCUAUAGGUGAAGCAUAUUUUACAGAAACCUUUGAUUCUGGAAGGUUGACUGGGUGGGUCUUAUCAAAGGCAAAGAAAGAUGACACAGAUGCAGAGAUUUCUAUAUAUGACGGAAGAUGGGAAAUUGAAGAAUUGAAAGAAAACCAAGUACCUGGGGACAGAGGCCUGGUAUUAAAAUCUAGAGCAAAGCAUCAUGCAAUCUCUGCUGUAUUAGCCAAACCCUUUAUUUUUGCGGAUAAACCUUUGAUCGUUCAAUAUGAAGUAAAUUUUCAGGAUGGUAUUGAUUGUGGAGGUGCAUACGUUAAACUCCUAGCAGACACUGAUGAUUUGGAUCUGGAAAACUUUUAUGAUAAAACUUCUUAUACCAUCAUGUUUGGACCAGAUAAAUGUGGAGAAGAUUAUAAACUUCAUUUUAUCUUCAGACAUAAGCAUCCUAAAACUGGAGUUUUUGAAGAGAAACAUGCCAAACCUCCAGAUGUAGACCUUAAAAAGUUCUUUACAGACAGGAAGACACAUCUUUAUACCCUUGUGAUGAAUCCAGAUGAUACAUUUGAAGUGUUGAUUGAUCAGGUAGUGGUAAAUAAAGGUAGCCUGUUAGAAGAUGUGGAUCCUCCAAUUAAUCCUCCCAAAGAAAUUGAAGAUCCCAGUGACAGCAAGCCUGAUGAAUGGGAUGAAAGAGCCAAAAUCCCUGAUCCUUCUGCUGUCAAACCAGAUGACUGGGAUGAAAAUGAACCUGCCCAAAUAGAAGAUUCAAGUAUUGUUAAGCCUGAUGGCUGGCUUGAUGAUCAGCCGAAAUUGAUUCCAGAUCCUAAUGCUGAAAAACCUGCUGAUUGGAAUGAAGACAUGGAUGGAGAAUGGGAAGCACCUCAGAUUCCUAAUCCAGCAUGUCAGGUUGGGUGUGGUGAGUGGAAACCUCCCAUGAUAGAUAAUCCUAAAUUCAAAGGAAUUUGGAAACCUCCGAUGAUUGACAAUCCUAAUUACCAGGGAAUUUGGAGUCCUCGAAAAAUUCCUAAUCCUGAUUAUUUUGAGGAUGAUCAUCCAUUUCUUCUGACACCUUUCAGUGCUCUUGGUUUAGAGCUUUGGUCUAUGACCUCUGACAUCUACUUUGAUAAUUUUAUUAUCUGUUCAGAAAAAGAAGUAGCAAAUCAGUGGGCUGAAGAUGGUUGGGGCAUGAAAACAAUGGUAGCAAAUGCUAAUGAGCCUGGUGUGUUUAAACAGUUAGUGACAGCUGCUGAAGAGCGCCCAUGGCUUUGGCUCAUUUAUCUGGUAACAGCAGGGUUGCCAGUUAUAUUAAUUAUUUCAUUUUGUUGGCCAAGAAAAGCAAAGAAAAAAUAUGAAGAUGCAGAGUAUAAAAAGACUGACAUAUGUAAACCACAAACAAAAGCAUCCCUAGAACAAGAAGUGAAGGAAGAGAAACCAGCCCUGGAGAAACCAGUAGACGUAGAAGAGGAAAAAAAGCAGAGUGAUGGUGAAAUUCUUAAAAAAGAAGAGGAAGGAGAACCUGAGGAAAAGCGUGAAGAAGAAACAGAAAUCAUCGAAGGGCAAGAAGAUGGUAAUAAAUCAAAUACUUCUGGAUCAGAAGAUGAGAUGAAGGAAGCAGAUGAGAGCACAGAGUCUGGAGAUGGGCUGGAAAAGUCAGUACGAAAACGAAGAGUACGAAAGGACUAAACUAUUUCCAAGUAUUUUUAGCUGAGGGGAUAUUUGGCAUUCUAAGAAUCAGUGUGCCACAACUGAACUUGAAUCAUUCUUCAUGUCUGCUUUCUAAUAUCCAACAUUAUUAUUCUUUCAUAUACUUAUUUUAGGCUUUCUUUUCAAGGAAAAAUAAACUAACUCUGAAGUUACUUGGUCUUUUCACUUAGAAUAAAAGAAGAAUGGCAAGUUUCAUAACAGCCUUAAGAGAUUAAUAUCAUUAGAAUAUCAUUAAAGUUUUAGUAGUUUGGAGUUAGUUUUGGUUUAUACAGAGCAAAAUACUAUGCAGUAGUAGCUUGAGUCCUAUUGGAAAAAUAAUUUUUGGAAUUUCCACUUUCAAUUUGCUAUAGUACAACACAACUGGCAAUUCUCUAGGAAGCUCAAAGAGUUUUCUGUUGUACAGAGCUAAAUGCAAUAAAGUUUAUAUAUGGUUAUUUGA